AUGUCUGUUUGUCUAGCCGUUACCAAGACCAUCGCGGUCUCAAGUUUAGGGAUCUACUGCGGAACUCUGUGUUCUGCCACCAUCCUGGCGCGUUGCACACCGCUGGAUGUGCUCCGCACGCAGCUGGCACGGCCCGCCAAGGCCGUGGCCCGCGUGGCGGCGUCGCUGGCCGCGGUUUCCUCGGUGUUUUUCGGCCUGAGUUUCUUCGGGGCCCCGCUGCAUUUGCGCCAUCCGUACCUGCUCUACGGUAUGCUGGUGGGCCCAGUGUCGGGGAUCUACGUCGGACUAGCUGGGCGUGUCUGCAAGAUGCGCCGCUGCCGCUCCCAGCGGCCCAAGGAUGCCGGUCUGCCAGCACAGGCUGUCAGCCCGGCUCCCGCUCCCGAGCCCGUGUUGGACGCGUCCCUGGACGACUCUGUCGUCGACCUCGGUCAGCCCGCUCCCGAAGACGCCCCUCCAGCGGCCCCACCGGCAGCCCCCGCCGCUGCCUCUGAGCUUUCCGGCACUCCUCCGGUCACGUGCCACAGUGCCAGCAGUUGCCUGGGGCCCAUCCCGGUUCUGUUCGGGAUCUCUGUUGUGGGAUUGGUCGAGGCCGUGCUGGGCCUCUACGGAGAGGGUCUUUUCGUUUGA